AUGGUUUCCUUUUCGUGUGAGGUUUGCAACGAUACGGUCGUCAAGAAGAAGCUUGCUCUGCAUCAGAGACAAUGUCAUGGUGCAUACUUUACAUGUAUUGAUUGCAAUGCUACCUUCUACAACAAUGACCACAACAGUCAUACCAGUUGUAUAACCGAAGCUGAAAAAUACGAGAAGGGCUGGAAAGCUCCUAAACUCAAGUCUGUCAAGAGCGAACGGGAGCUUCAGAGACCUCACUCGUCUGAACCUGAAAAAACAAACAAUAAGCAAAAAUCAAGGGCCAAGUCCGCUGAGCCAUCGCUUGCAUCGUUCGUUUCUGGAUCUGAAUCACUCUACAAAGUUCUCAAGAAGGCCCGCAAAGGACUCAAGAAAGAUAAAUCCGAACUCCUGAAGUCGCUAAAAGUGUCUAAGAAUGCAGACGGUACCAUCACUGUCUCCCUAUGA